GGAAAAAAUGAACGGAACGCUUGCCAGUAAAGUCCGGACCAGUCGAAGGUCCACCAGGUGACUUUAAGUGUCUCUUAUUUAUUGUAAGAUUUAUCUCAAAAAUUUUUUUUCUUUUACAUUUUUCUAAAAAAAAAAAAAAAUUAAUUUCCUUCUAGGAAAUAAUAAGUAAACAAGGAAUUGAAAAAUGAAGAUGCAAAGUCGAGAGGAGAGUAAAUCAGUAUAGUUUCUAGGAGGUUGUCGCAAGAUCGAUCCAUUCGAGACACAAGAGCUUUAUCUUCUUCCGGAAAAUCUCUCUUCCUAAAGAGGGGAAGAAAAGAAAAAAAUUGCCUGAAAUCGAUUUUCUUAUGUGAGAAAAAAAAAUAAUUCUCAAAUAAUUGUUGACAUUUGUUGCUCCACGUGACUUGACAGAAACUGUCAAAAAAAAGUGAGGUUUUAAAAUAUUUCAAUAAAAAAAGAAAAAAAAAUGCUUUGAAAUUCUAUAUUGCAAUUUUCAAGGAAAUAACGUAAUUUUGUAAAAAUAUUUUUUUUUUGAGAAAAAAUAGAAACUUGUGUAGAAAACAUAUAGAAUCUUACUGAUGUGAUAUUGAUGGAAGAAAGUAUAAUUGAUUACAAAGAGGAUAUAAUAAUAAUUGGAGAAGAAAAAAAAAAGGAGAAUUAGAACAAAAAUUAUUUUGAGUAAAAAAUUUUGUGAUUUUAUAAACAAACGUGACACAUUGACUGCGAGGAAUUGUUUGGAAGAUUGAGACCUUUGCAAUGGAGUUCAAGUUCAACGUGAAUAAACUCUUGCCCCGGAAAAUCAACAAGAUCACGCACACCCUUAUUCCUGAGGAUUUUCGAGGUGAUCGAAGGGAAUUCAACGAAUGCCAGAGGCAGCUGACUCGAAUUUUGGACGAAAUAGGCGAGGCAUCAUCCAAAGCACAAGGGCUCAGUAAACCAAUAACAAGUGCGACAAAAUUGAGAAAUUCGGACCAUACAGUCUACAUAUUAGUUGAUAAUGAAGGCAACAAUGGCUUAGGGAGUAUAAUUGGUCUAUUAAAAGUUGGAUCGAAGAAUCUUUUUAUGUUUGACGAAACUGGGAUCCAUUAUCAAUUGAAGCCAAGAUGUAUAUUGGAUUUUUAUAUUCACGAAUCCCGACAACGAAUGGGGUUGGGCAAUCUUCUCUAUCAGCACAUGCUCACUGAGGAAAAUCUACGACCAGUGAAAUUAGCAAUCGAUCGUCCCUCUGAGAAAUUUCUAUCUUUUAUGAACAAAUAUUACGGAUUAACUGAUAUAAUACCGCAAAAUAAUAAAUUUGUCGUCUUCGAAGGAUUUUUCGAUGAUGAGGAACAGGAAACAAAGGGUAACAGAUACAGUCAAUCGGCCAAGUUUUCUGACAGAUCUUCCUGUUAUAGUAGCAGUAGUGAAAAUGGAAGGAGCCUGAAUGGAAGCUCACAAUCCGCAAGUGUUUUACCUCGAAGUGCUUUUGGAAGAUAUGCUGCCGCCCGUCCACCUUGCUCUAUGGCAACUAUAAUUCAUAACACUGCAGUGCUUGGCCAAUCUGCCGAGCGAGCAAGUGAAAUUUCGGAUUUUCGACGUGGUCUACAGACACCAAGUGCAAAACUCGAACGACCACGUUCACUCAGUUUAUAUUCUGAGGAGGAGCAAAAAAAUCGAAACAAUGAAUUAUCAACAGUUCCAACUCCAAUAUUACCGGAUGAUCAACCACUUCCUUCAGUUCCACAAACUCCAGCAGUUCCAGAGGAGCCAGAAAUAUUACCACCACCAUCAGAAGUGCCAUCAAUUUCACAGCCGGACGUUGAGUCAAUUCCGGAAAAUAGUGAAUCGGAAAUUAUCGAGAAGCCAAGGGAAAAUAGCGUGAAAUCCUCGCCUUCCUGCGGACAGGAAGUUGCAGGAACCACUCAAGCUGGUCAUCUCGAUCUCAAAUUUUACCAUUCGCCUCUGUGGUAAAUUUUUUUACCCGCAAAAAGAAGGGAAGGAGUAAAAAAAAAAUCGUCCGUGUCAAUUCUGAGUUUUUGCACAAUAGAAAUAAUUUUUUCUUUUUUUAGCAAAUUUUUCGACAUUAAUGUCGAAACUGCCUUGAAAAAUUUUUUCAUUUUUUGGUAAAAUUGUUGUAACUGGUGUAAACUAUAUAAUCCUAGAUUUAUAUAGACUUUUUGUAAAGUCAAAAAAAAAAUUUAAUCCAACUUUUCGAAUAAUUAUUAUUUUUUAAACGAGGAACAAUUCAUUUUUAUUAAAAAAGAGCUUUGCCUGUUUCAGAAUAAUAUUUGAUAAUUUAUUAUUUUAUUGCGUAUAUUUCUAAAUAGGUAUUUAAUAAAUGCACGAGAAUAGUGAAAGCAGCACAAAGUACCGAUAUGAAUAUUGAUCUUAUGUUUAGUAUUUAUAAAAUAAAAUACGGACCUAAUUUCACGAAUUUUAGUUUUUUUUUCUUCUUUUUUUUGUGCAACAUAACUUAGAAAUUAAAGAUAGAAUGGCAAAAUAAUUAAACAUUACGCGAAAAUAGGAGAUUGAUUAGCGCACGCAAAAAUAAUCUACAAAUUCUUAGUUUUAUAGUUAAAAAAUAUCAAAUUUUAUAUAUUUACCUCCUUUGAUUAUAAAUAGUUUCCUUAUAAUUGUAAAUAUUAAAUUUUUAUUUCUUGUUUUUUUUUUUACUUAAGAUUGAAUUUUAUUUUUUUUUUUUUAAGAUUUAGAAUUUAAUUUACGUUAUUUAUUGUUAUAUCCUUAAAUUUCUUGCAAUAUUUUAACAUUUUUUUGCGUUAGAUUUUAAUAUGUAUUUUUCUAAACAAUAAGGCAGAAUUUUUAAUAUGAAAAUA